UAAAGAAUAAGUAGGUAGAUGCAGUUAAGAUGAGGUGGUUACCCGCGAGUGGAUGUCUCCUUUUAAUUUUGGUUGGAAUGUUCCAGUUGUGUAUAACACUUCCUGUGGGAAAUUUAGAAUCGGCUUUAGAAGUUAUGGCUCAAAUUCCCCAAUGGCAUUGCAUGCGUUACAGAAAAUUUGAACUAGUUAGACGGUGUAGAAGUUACAAGAAUAGUUUACGGAGAUCAUAG